AUGGACCACGUAGAGGAGAGGCUGUGUGAAGAGGUUCGCAGAUAUGUUCAUAUCUACGACGCCAAUUCCCGGGACUACAAAGACGCCCAGAUGACCGGAAAUUCGUGGCGUGAAAUCUCCCAGACGUUGGGAAUGGAUGUGGCGGAGUGCCAACGACGGUGGAAGCUGGUGCGGGACAAAUUUGUCCGUCUGAAAAAGAAGAUGGUCGGACGAAGUGGGGAUGCCGGCGACGGACAGAAAGUGCCCGGGUUAUUUCAUAGUCUGUCCUGGUUAACCCCAUACGUGAGGCACCGUGAGCGACCGACCUCCACAAAUGUGACGCCCGCCAACAGACCACUUCCCCAUGGCAUAGAUGCACUGUCCACCAGCUCCUCCACGUUACCCUCCACCAGCUUUUCAAGGGGACCCUCCGUCAGCUCCUUGGCAGGACCCUCCACCAGCUCCUUGUGGGGACCGGCUACCAGCUCUUUGGAGGAGAAUGACGACGGCUCUGAGCAGGUGGGUGAGCCUACACGGAGCAGUACACCCGUACAAUCUCCGCCCCCCACGUCUUCGCUCAGGCCACCACGCUCCUCAGUGAAGAGGAAGACUUUCGACGGACAGACGUGGUGGAUACAAGAGAUGCAGGCACUGGAAAAGCGUCGUCAAGCAACCCAGGAAGCUCUCCUGGCCGCGGUCGAUGACGAGGCACAGUUUGGUACCCAAAUGGCCGCGGCACUCCGAAGGGUGCCGAGAGAGAAGCAACUUGGGCUGGUCAAGUUCUUCUUGGACCGGGCUUACGAAGCAGCUCUUGAUGAUUGA